AGCGGCAUAUCCAACCAGUUCGUGUUCGAGCGUGAGUGGCGUUGCACAGUGUAAACGGAUAUCGUCGGAGUGGUGUGCUCGCGUCAGCCCAAAACAAAGAAUCGAGGAAGUUUUACCCUUUCGCAUUGUUGCUUUUAUUUUUUUUAUUUUUGGUCUAUUGUUACGUUUCGUGCGCGCUGUAGAUUGUUGUUGCUACGUUGCGUUACGUAUUCGAUAUUCGGUGUUUGGUGUUCUAUCGACGGCUUUGACGUCGUACAUGUCCGUUUGACGUUGGUUAGACGCAUUGCUGCGUAGGAAUUUGGGACUCAUAUGCGCGUGUUUGCAUGCGCGCAGCAGAGUGUUUGUGGAGGCCACAUUUUGGCAGUGGAUAUUGGCGACGGCAGCAGUGUGUUAGCCUGUAUGCAUGUGGCCGGAAGCAAGCGGGUUUUUAGCCAAGAAGAUUCGUAAACGGAAAUGUUUGAAAAUUCAAAAAAAAAAGAACUGUUCGUUCUGAAUGAAGCUGCGAGUGAAAAAAUAUUGAAAACUCAAUAAUGAAAAACUGUGAAACAAACUAAGAAAAAGUGGAUAAAGAAGGCGAAAAACAUUCAUUAGAGGUGUAUGAUGAAAAUAUUUAAGAAUUAAAAAAAAAAAAACAUUUGCCUAAAAAUAUUUCAUAGAUGCGUAUUGCUACCUCGAUCGCAAAAGCCCAUAACUGAGUUCAUCAUAAAAAAAAAACUGAACGCAAACAUAUCGUGCAAUAGCAACAUUGUGCAAUCGACUUCACCAUAAUACCAAAAUAUUUUGAAGUGUAAGAAAAUUAGAAACAAAAAAAAAUGGCAGCUUAUGCGCAAUUUGGAUACGGCGGCUACCCUUCAGCAUCGCAGCUCAUAUCCGCCAACCUCACACAAUCGCCCCAAACUGGCGACUCACCAAAUACGCCCAACCCCUCGUCAAUGCCAGUUUCCGGUGGUGCGAAUGCGCCAGCGCUCAGCCCCUCGAAUGUGGGCGGCGAAUGUCGUGUGAACACCGGAGCUGGCGGCUCCGCUGAUGUGCCCAGCGGCGCAAUGAGUCCAGAUGCGCUCUCGCAAAACUCCAAUAACACAACUGGUGGCGGUGGCGGCGGCGGCGGUAGUGGCGGUAUUAACAAUCCUACCGGUGGCGGCGCGCUCGAUGGCGCUGGUGUGGCGGGCUUGGGUGCCGGCGGACCUGGUGUUGGUGGUUCCUGUUGCGAGAAUGGACGCCCAAUUAUGACAGAUCCCGUCUCUGGACAGACAGUGUGUUCGUGUCAAUAUGACUCCGCACGUUUGGCGCUCUCGAGCUACUCUCGCUUGCCAGCGGCGAGUGUUGGCGUCUAUGGCACGCCUUAUCCUUCGACAGAUCAGAAUCCUUAUCAAAGCAUUGGCGUGGAUAGUUCGGCGUUCUAUUCGCCGUUGAGCAAUCCAUAUGCAUUGAAAGAUUCAGCUGGUGGCACAGAAAUGACCGCUUGGACAUCAGCUGGCCUACAGCCAACUACUGGAUAUUACUCAUACGACCCGAUGUCCGCUUAUGGAUAUGGUCCCAGUUACGAUUUGGCCGCACGCCGUAAGAAUGCCACACGCGAGUCUACAGCCACUCUGAAAGCCUGGCUCAACGAGCACAAAAAGAAUCCCUACCCCACCAAAGGUGAGAAGAUUAUGCUGGCCAUCAUUACAAAGAUGACGCUGACGCAGGUCUCCACGUGGUUCGCGAACGCACGACGACGGCUAAAGAAAGAAAAUAAAAUGACUUGGGAGCCAAAGAAUCGCACUGAUGACGAUGACGAGGCAAUGGUGUCCGACGAUGAGAAGGAAAAGGAUGAUCUGGAUAGUGAAAAGGGAGCGCAGAGCCUGCACGGCGGUAGUACGGGCGGCGGCGGGCAGCGGAAAGAGCUCGAAAAGGAUGACGACGAUCUGCCCGACGACGAGUCCAAACCAUUAGGUCCACAUCCCAAUGAUGUACGCAGCUUAGGCAUGGGCUAUCCUGGCGCUGGCGGCACUGGCAGUGCAGCUGGCGGCAGCUACCACAGCUCUGGCGGCACGUCGAACCAUCCACACGGCUAUCAUCCCUACCAUCACCAGCAUCCCGCUUACUAUCAGCACCAGCAGGCACUAUUGGCCGCAAGUGGCUAUCCAACUGGCGGCAUGCCAGGCGUUAAUAGUAACAUUAACAAUAACAACAACAACAACACCAACAACCCCAUGAACAAACAUGACGGCAGCGAUUCAAAAAACCAGCUGAGCCGGGACUGUGGCGUGCCGAUUCCAGCAAGCAAGCCCAAAAUCUGGAGUUUGGCCGACACAGUCGCCUGCAAGACCCCACCGCCCGCACAGACGGCGGCAUACAUGGGCCAAACGCAGCAGCAGCAGCAGCAGCAGCAGCAGCACGCAUUGCAGCAGGCGCAGGCGCAGGCGCACAUGAACCACAGCGCUUUGGGCAGCCAUAUGGGCUUGUCACAACAACAGCUGCAGUUGCAGCAGCAGCAGCAACAGAUGCAGCAGUCGUCAGCGCUGAGCGCACCACCGCCCCCCACAGCGCAUAUGAUGAUGAGCAAUUACGGCGGCGGCAGCACAGCCUACUCGCGGGCGCCGCCUACCACAGCUUACGGGGGUUUUCUAGGGGCUACAAUGCAGCAGCUGCAUACUACGAACAAUAUCCCAUACAACACCAACAGCAGCGGCAACAGCAAUCUCAGUCACCAACUCAGCAGCAACAACAACAACAACAACAACAUUAUCAACAGCAGCAGCGGCCAGGACAUUACCAAUACCACCCCUACCAACAACACCCGUAUUACGGCGCCAAAUACUACGGCGCAACAGGCAGCAGCGGUGGCGGCGGCGGCGGCGGCGGCGGUGGCAACAGCACCACCACCCCCCACCGCCAACGCAUAUGCGUGCGAGCAACAACAACAACACCAGCGCACUACACCAUCCGUACGCAGCGGCUCAGCGGGGGAUGGGGUUUCCCGAAGCCCAACCCGAUACUCCACCCCAAACUCCGCCGAAUAUGAAGUUGCAGAGCGUGGCGGCGAAUCUCUUGCUUACCGCUUCGCAAAUCCCUACGAUCGCUACUUGUCGCAGUAAUAGCAAUGGCGGCGGUGGUUAUGGUGCUACGCACGCAAGCGGCCUACAUGGCUAUGCGAUGAACUAUUCGACGCGCUACGAUCAAUAUUCGCC